AUGGCGCCGGUGGCCGAUCGCAUUUAUUUCCCCUCCCUAGAACAAUGCCUGACUGGGGAGCGGGUACUGCUUUCUUGGAAGCUCAUCGCAACUGCGCUGUCUGACAGUUCUGGUCAGAGAACUACUACCUCUGCCGUUAUCGAAUUUUUGAGCGACGACUAUGUUCACCGUCUUCUCGAGGAUCCUGCCAGCACCUUCGCACCCGCAAAUGAGGCUACCAAAAAAGACUUUGAAACAAAAACAGCCCCGAUUAAUGUCCCAGCAAGCUCAGAUGGACGACCAGACAUCGGUUCGAUCAAGAAGGAUGCCGAAUGGCUCAGCAAGAAUGCCAAAAUCAACUUGGUCGCAGCUCUGCGUGUAGUCGUCGUUGAAUACCAGUCUCGUCCUGCCCGACACCUUAGUGGACCAUUAUCAUCGCAGGAUGCUAAGAACCUGCAGGAGGCUGCUGGUCUUAACAAUGGCCAGGGCUCGGGAUUCCUGAUGGAUCUAGGAUCAGCGGGUGCGCUGGAUGCCGAUGAGAUAUGGGCCGAAUUCGAGAAACCCGAAACGAGACAGCGACGCCUGUUCGACACGUACCUUACCGAGCGCCGUUUCUUUAUGAUGUCUGCCGACUACGCCAACUCUAUAAAGCUAUACGGAAGACUACCUAACUUCGCCAAGACCGAUCUAGAUCUGGCCAAGACCUACCGAUUGACGCUGCCUGCGCGAGACGAUGCGGAACCCCUACUUCCAACUUAUCUUCAAAUCCUAACGGACUCCAUGAGCCAAAUCGAGUCGGGCCUAAAAGCUGUGACGGAUGAGAAAUGGGUCACCGAGGAAGUUGAACUAGACUGGCUUCGAACGCUUCUGACCGAAGCUGUCCAUGCCCUGUCUGUAGUCUUCCAGAUUGUCGAUAGCUUUGGCGAUGAUUUUGCUCCCUCAAGUGCUGUUAACCAGUGGUUUUCCCUGAUGGAGGUCUACAGAUUCUUUGACGCUGUCCAGCCGAUUCACGAAAGCAUUGCUCCUUUGGUUUUGCCCCUCAAGACAUUAUCAGUUGCCGUGUCCCUGAUCUUGCUCAAACCAGCUCGUUCAUUAACUUAUUUGUCAGAAAGAGAAGAGGACGCAGCUCAAGCAGAUACCACAUAUGACACAUACUUGCUCUCAUCCGACGUACUCGAACAGGUCCAUAAAAGUAUACUGAAUGCUGCAGAAACCGAUUGUGAAAGCGCUUCACCCGUCAUUUUCGCAUGGACGCUACUACUUCAUCGCAUGAACGUAUCUUAUCAGAGCCGAACAGAGAAACGAGACAACUUGCUGCAACAGAAUGCACGGGAAACAUUUGAAGCGGGAAGCGUGAUCCGACCAGUCGCAAGGCGCAACUCGGCGGGGAGCAUUUUCUCAAUCGAAUCUUCCAAGUUCGACGGUUUCCUUGAGAAUGCGACAGCUUCCAAGGAUCUGGUCGUGGUUGAACAACUCGCGUCGCAAGUCACAGCUCAGGGACGUGUAUUUGAUAUUAUAUCUACUAUGGCAUCAGGCCUAGGCCCCUCGGACGAGGGCAGCAUGACUCCCUUACUCAGCUCUCGACUUCGCAGCGUCUUUUUGGAACUCCUCAAGGUUUCUUACCCCAUCGUUGGUUACCAGUCCGAACCAGUCAGCUCGUUGCUUUCCGUACUAAGUGCUGGUCGAAACUAUUGGGAUCUUACGAAUAAAGAGAACCUUUCAGAGAAGCAGGAUAUUCUUGCGUCCAUGGUCAACGAUGACCUUGCUUUGGAGUUCUUCUUUCAGCAAGCACUCGACAGAUACCCAUACGAGUUUCUCCCAUUCAUCACUCUCUGCCGAACGCUGGCGAGUGCUACAAGCCUCCGGGAUAGUGAGCGGUCACAAAUGAUUCUGAACCUACUUCGCGUGACUCCCACCUUGACAUUCGUACUUCCUGAAACCUUUCAAGAUUACGAGCUUGCGCAAGAAGAUGAGAACACCAAUACCUUCUGUCUGCUACAGGACAUCCCCAUAAUUACAUUAUCUCCCUCUUGGCGAGGGAGACGCGUUGAGGACGAUGCAUACAGAAUACCUGCAGGCACAUAUGGAAGGUUUGUCACAGAUACUGGCAGAGUUGUCUCAAUGGAGUACCCUCACUCAACGAUAUCGCUCCUGGGCCGACGACUGGAAAUCAACUUGAUGAAGGAAGGUUAUCAGUCCGAGCUCGGAAUGCUCCAGCCUGAGGAAACGGCCGAAGUCAUCUCCCUGUUCGCGACACUUAUCCGUAUGGACUACUUGAACGCUGCAAAAGAAGAGUCUACUGGAACGCUGGUACUUUCGGAUAAUGAUAUCCUCCUGGAAGCAAAGAAACAUAUUGAUGCCGGUAGUGGAAGAGAUCUUUUGACAGUAGUAUGUGAGACGAUGGACUACUACAUGCAGGUUGAUCUAGCGGAGAGCGAGGAUGUCGUUGUGACUAUUCUCACCUCUUGCAUACAGUUUUUGGAUGCAAUCCUACCUAUAUAUCCUAGCAGGGUAUGGUCUUAUCUCUCCCGAUGCGAGUUGUUAAGUUCCGAAUCGAGAGCUGGUAAGCUGACCAAGGUUGUUGGAAGUCUCGAUCUUGUUCAGGAGAGGCUUGAAUUUUUGUCAUCUUGUUUACGCCUUUUCUCUAACCUCAUCGAUACCGCGAUGACUUCGGCCGUGCAACGCCGAGCUGGUAUUCAGACUUCUGGCAGAAACAAGUCGGACUUAAACCCCUGGCUUGGUACAGCUGACAAGGUCUUGGCAAAGGUCAGCUACGCAAUUGCUCAAGCAGGAGUUGAUAUCUUUGAGAACACAUCUACUUGGAGAUUUGCGUCUGAGACCUGUCGCUCCUCAGUUCUUCGAGACGUUGUGCCAAUCUUGCACAAAGUAAUCUCGUACAGCUACAGCCUUGGAGAUUCACCAACCUCUGAGAACUUGACUUCUUGCCUCCGACCUGCCGCCUCGUAUGUUAUCGAUUGUUUUGUUUCGCCCUCAUCGGGAUCUCUACGAUUCCAACCUCUCCUAUCCUCCCUUAUCACAGCGUUUACAGCCACCGAGAAUACACUUUACCCAAGACGUGUAGAGAUGAUACAAGCACAAUUGACUGCUGUACUGGAGUUGUCAGCAACGCUCUUACGGGUCACAAAUUAUCUCGAGCAGUCGUCCAACAUGGUCGAAAUAUAUCUCUUCAAGAGCUCUACCUUACUUGCACGUCUGUGUGCGGCGUCUGACCAUUUCCGCCGGCCAACUAUGUGGCUCCUUGAGUCUCUGGUUGUGAAUGCUGGCAAAUCUUCAAGCGAGCCUCCGUCACUGCUUGGAUACUUGGGACCUCAGAUUUCCAAGUCCUUCUUGCAACUCCUAUCUACUCUGGGCAAACCUUUCGAACUCAGGGAUGACGUCAAGGCUACGUGGAAAUUCUUCUCAGCUAUCCUGAGGAACCGACAACAAUGGAUGUCCAACUGUCUCUUGACAGGACAGACUCCAAGAGAGGCAAUGAAGAAGGAUAAAAAGAAGACGGAUGUGUCUUCAAACUCGGUUUUCGCUACUGGACUUGCCAAGCUUGGAAAGCUGAAAGAACUGGAAAUCAGCGAAGCUCUUGUUAUUCUGGACUUUGUCGCCUCCGCCCAGAACUUCUGGCCUUGGACUGUUUUCACACUACAGAAAGACACAGCGUAUCUUGAUGGUCUCAGAGCGUAUGUCAGAGACCUCAAACCAUCUAAUAUCACGGUCAAGACGAACCCUGUUCGUGCCGGUUUCGAGGCAAGACUGGCCGCUUACAUCGCCGAGACCUUUGCUAUGCAGCUUUAUCACUCACGACAUCUAGGCAACUCCGGCGCCUUGGCAAAGAACCUCGUCAGCGACCUUGAUUAUUACUUGCGUGAUGGAGUCGAGGUUGGGGGCUACAACAAAUCUCUGCACAACAACUUUGCCAGAAACUUUUCAAACAAGUAUUCUGACUGCCCCGUGGAUUACUUCAAGCGAACCGCCCUGGAACCGCGGGAAUUGGGCAAGAGUUACUAUUACGACCUGGAACGCGCCGAUGAACUGCUCCGGUUCGAUCCAGGUUGGAAGGGCCGCAAGGAUGACGGGUUCAAGACAGAGAUGGAGCGCGCAAAUACAAACUUAUCUCUCGUCGACGCUCAACUCGCCCUCUUCCAUGCUUGGGAAUUCCUGCUCGUGGAGCUUUCCACAUGUCUGCCUAAGAAUGACACUGUAGAGAAACAAAUGUUGCAGGUUGCCCAGCAAUGCUUAAACGCAAACCAAGGAAUCCCCGGGCCUGAACAUAUCUUCCUGAAGCUCGUUGAAUAUCGAGCAAGUCUGGCCUUGGUGUUGAUCCAGCGUCUCGUCAAAUCAGCAGUACCGGUGAAAGAUAUCAACCAACUUCUCUCUACUCUUGUUGGUACCAUGAACGGAGUCGAAGAGCCCUGGGGAUCCGAUUCUAUCUCGUACUACCGUACUCUGCUCAAGGCCCUCUUUGUCACUCUCCGUGCGUAUCACACCAGUGGUAAAAUGGCAGCUGAAGGUCAAGACCCAUUUGAGGGAACUACAGUGACAGUCACGCAAACUGUGCUGAACGUUCUUGAUCGUGUUGUUGGCAGAGGCUUCCGCGCACUGGUCAGUCUGAUACACGACAACGAGAACAGUGUUUCACCAGAGGAUCUCGGAUUAUUGACAGCCAUCCUUCAAGCUUGCUUGAGCCUGCCCAAUAUGGAACAAUCACAGACCCAAGUCCUCAAUAUUAUGGCAGAGCAUCAGGUUGUCCAUGCUGCUUCAUCUCUCUACUCGUGGGCGGACAGAUUGGCGGACCAAGGCGACCCCAUUUACGGCGAAUUGAGCAUGUUGUUCUUACUUGAACUUUCCACCCUGCCCAUAAUUGCUGAACAGAUGGCCUGCGAUGGAAUAUUGAGCAACAUCCUAUCUGCUAAUCUGACAAAAUUCAUGCUCAAGUCAAAUGUCUCCCCCUACUCGGACACCCCUGUCGUACAACGGGGCUACGGCAUUUGGGCCAAGGGAUUGUUGCCUUUGAUGCUGAACUUACUUACAGCUCUUGGUGCCACCGUUGCCCCAGAGGUUGCCUACGUACUAAACCAGUUCCCUCAUCUAUUGGAGGCUAGUGUUGAUCGGUUUGAGGCACCCGGAGCCAGCCGUACUCAGUCUCGUGCAUCACCACACUACUUGACGUUGGUGGCCAUCUCGGAGGUGCACUCUCUUGCCCUCCUCACCCGGGUGCUUGCUGCUCUUCGUGUGAACAACAACAGGGAUAUCCCUGACGUUGAGUGGGAUUCAGCGAACCUCCUAGAGAACGUGGAGUUCUGGCUGAGCACGAAGAAGCUGCUGAAAGAGCGGCUCAUGCCCUUGGGACAACGAGAGAUGGACUGGCGCGGUAUCAAGCCUGCCUCAGGUGCAUACGACAGUCUUUUGGAGGAGAAAGCAGUGGCUCAGCUGGACGCUAUCCGGGACGUGCUUGGCGAAGAAGCAGAGGAUUGA